AUGUUUAGCGUGUAUUGCACCACGUUUUGGCGGCGGACCGAUAGGCCGAUAGGCGGUGGAAAUACAGUUGAACAAAACCUACAAAAUAGUAAAAACACCACAGAUACAGUACUCAAUACAUCAUUUGACUUUUUACAAGAUUCUCAACUUGAGGAAGAUAUUAUAAGCAUUGAUCUGAAUUCUAUACCAACUCAAACAUUUUCUUCUUCUAUUUACGCUAAUCAUGGACCAACAGAUGAUGCAAUUUUAAAAAUACUGUCUACUCCUCCACAACACCGGACUUUGGAAACAAAACAAAAUCAUUUAGAAAAUGUUGUAGAUACUUCUAACUCUAAUUCCUGGACAGGAAAAAAUGAAGUAAACUGGCAAAGUAGAACCAAAUCAGGAGAUAGUAAUAAUUUACCUAGAGAAAACUGGUCAAUGGCUCAAAUGAUAAAUAACGGCACAGAUAAUGACUGGCUCAUAAAAAACAAUUGGGUUCAAAUGGCUGAAGUAGAUAAACAAAACCCACCAGCAGAACCGACUCAACCAUCACCAAAACAUUCCUCAUCUAAUUUCGGUUUAGUUACUAAUGGAUAUACAGAGAAUCUUGAUGAGUUAUUGCAAAAAACGGUGGUUUUCAAUAAACAAGAAUCAUACCCUGUUACUACUUCCUCUAAUAAUUCAACAUAUCAAACCAAUUACGGACAGCAAUCGCUAGAACGUAAUAUUGGGCAUUAUACUAAUUCUAAUGGUAAUAAUCCUAGGAGCAACUCAAAUGAUAUUAAUAAAAGAUCUACUUCCAUGAAACCUAAAACUUCAUAUACAGGAGAAGGAGGACCAUCUAGAGGUUAUCAACAAGGCAACUCGUAUGUUUAUAAUAAUCGCUCUCAUAAAACCAAUAGCAAUACCAACACGAGUAAUGAUUAUUCCAGAAUCUCACGACAAACCUGA